CUUAGUCAACAAAAUGUCAUCCAAUUUUGAGAACAUUCACGCGUUUUCAACAUGUGGACAUUGCAUUGAUGGGAACUCAUCGAACCAGCGCUGUACAAUUGACGUUGCUUUUAAGCCAGUUUAUGCAGACGGCAACCGCAAAAUAUGUGUGGAGUUAUCAUUGGCAAAGGGAGGAAUUCCUGGUGAGGAAAGAUGUUUCACCAUGGUUGUUUCUAAUACUACUUCUGCAACCAAAGUCGGUUGCCAAAGACUUGAAUGCUACAAUGGCGGUUUCUGUGAUGGUCACGAGCCUUUAAGGCCUACAUGUUAUUGCAAAGAAGGCUUUUCUGGGGAAAAUUGUUCACAAGCAUACCAGUCCUGCGUCGAGAGUUUUCCAAAAAGCUCAGUUGCGGAGACCUUCUAUUGUCAAAAAGGAGAACAGUGCUUGUAUCCGUUCAAGUUUUGCACAAAAGACAAGCGACUGACAAAGCUCAUCAUCGGCCGUGCAGAUCCGUGUUUAUUUGUCAGCCAACCCACAAUUUUCUACCCGAAUACCAGCUUUGACUGUCACUGUUCAUUCGGAACUGUUCUACUUUCUCCCUCUGAGCAAGCAAAUGAUACUUUGCACUUUUGUUUGCAGAUUUUGGAUUCUGCAGGACUAGUCAAAGAUGAGAUAUGUCCAAACAUCAUCUUGUCAGCAAUCCCUCGGGAGAAUGCCAUAGAGACGGAAAAACCUUUCUUUCUGUCACCCUUUCUUAAACAAGUCGAUUGCAUAAAAGGAACUGAUUGCCAUUUUGAUAUUCGUUACACUGAUGGGGCGAGGUUUCAGACACCAUUGCUAUGUCCAACGCUUAGCAUUUCAAGAUACAUGGGAAACGUACAUAUCUUCCCACCAAGCCAUCUUGUCCACGAAUGUGUGACCGACGUGUCAUAUAAGGUGCCAACAACUGCAAAUGUUGGUGACAAACAGAAGCUCUGCUUGAGACUGUCAUUGCCGCGGGUAUACGGUGAAGAACAUUGUACCAUCAUCAACAUCAGAAACACACUCCGCCCUUUUCAAGUUUUUGGACCAUGCAAAUUUUCAAACUGCACAAAUAGAGCACUUUGCUUAGCAAACAAAGCCAUCGACACAUAUCAGUGCAUUUGCCAAAACGGCUUUACAGGAAGUGAUUGCCAUUUGCAAAACGCUUUUGGAAAUGGUUUCCUUCCCGGUGUCGAACAUCUAAAUGCAUCUUUAGUUAUCAACGGACCUAGGUUUCAUUUUUCUAGAGGUGUUUUAAAUAGAACGACUUGCAUCGAAAAUCAGAAGUGUACAUUCGUUAUACCUUACUUCGGGAGCAACAAUACUCGACCGGUGAAAAGAUACUGCAACACGUCAAUAAUAGAACAACCUGGCAGACAAGUGAUCACCCCGGUGACAGAAACGAAGGACCUGAAUCUGUUAUAUACAACCUUUCUUGGAACAUCUGGAACAGACCUAUGUUGUUACCAAACAACAGCAGACGGAUCGGAACACGGCAUGAACGUAGAUGAGUUUUGUUUCGAAGUUGAAGUAUCACCAAACACAGGAGGCAACAUCGAAGUGAAUUCUGGCAACCAGGUAACUAGUUUUAUAUCACCGGCUAUGGGCACACGAUUCAUUUGUAUGGCCGAUGACAAUUGCUAUAUAACUAUUAUAACGGAUAAAACUCAGUCAUGCGAUCAAGUGAUACAUUGCUGUAAUCGAGGAGAUGACAUGGACAUCUUUAUCACACAAGAGCGAAAUGGUGUAUGUGUUACUGAAGUCGUUGUACACACAUUGAAGGAGGGGCAAGAACAAACUCUUUGCACGAAAGCUGGAAUAAACGGUACAACCCUCAACUUCACAGUACUUGCACUAACACCUGCAGAAUUUGGCUCCUGCCAGAAGCUGCACUGUGAGAACGGAGGAACGUGCGUGACAAAACUUGGGGCUGCCUCUUGUUACUGCCUCCCCGGAUAUACAGGAAUGACAUGUGAAACAGAUAUUGACGAAUGUGCUUCUAAUCCUUGCUUCCACAACGGAACAUGCGUAGAUCAUGCAAACGGAUAUGCUUGUGACUGUACAGUGGGCUACGGAGGUGUAUAUUGCCAAACAGAUGUCGAUGAGUGUGCCUCCAGUCCCUGUCCCCUAGAUUCUACAUGUGUGGACCACGUGCAUGGAUACGAGUGCUACUGUUCGAACGGACGCACCGGAACCCAUUGUGAAAUAGACAUGUCCUGCAACUUUGAUGAGGAUACAUUUUGUUCUUGGCACAAUGAACAAAUGUUGGAUAAGUUUGAUUGGACACUCCAUCGAAUGUCAACGGCUUCUAUGGAUACUGGUCCCGAUGCUGACCACACGGUUGGCACAGCAAAUGGGAGUUACAUUUAUAUCGAAACAAGUGCUCCGAGGAUUGUAAACGAGACCGCAUGGCUUGUCAGUCCGUUGAUCCGCUACAGGGGUGCUCAGGCUCAAUGUCUCCAUUUCUGGUACAACAUGUUUGGGGCAAGCAUAGGCACACUGAACGUUUAUCUGCAGUCUGGUGAUGGAACAAACAUCCCUGGAAAACGCGUUUGGUCUUCAAUAGGGAAUCAAGGGCCUGUUUGGCGGUCUGCACAAGUGACAAUCAUCUCUUACUCAGAUCUUAAGAUCGUGUUUGAGGGCAUUGUUGGUGACGGUUACGUUGGAGACAUUGCUUUGGAUGACAUCUCAUUUGCUGAUGGAGCAUGUGGUCUAUCAUCGACAACUGCUCCUGUCAUAACAACCGCAGCUACAACGUGGCUUUCAACUACGUCAUCUGGACCUAUAAACGGUUGCGAAGGCAAUCCAUGUAUUCACGGAAUGUGUUACGUCCAUCAGAAGGAAUAUUUCUGUCUCUGCCAUGCCGGUUAUGGAGGACAAAACUGCCAGAUAGAUCAAGACGAAUGUAAUUCAUCUCCUUGCAAGAAUGGAGCGACUUGUGAAGAUGACGUUGACAACUUUGUGUGCCAUUGUAAACAUGGCUAUGCAGGGAUAUUAUGUGAAACAGAGAUUGAUGAAUGUUUGUCAAGUCCAUGUAUGAAUGGCGGGUCAUGUUUGGAUGAGGUGAACGGUUACACGUGCACGUGUGUGCAGGGUGUUGACGGUGACCACUGCGAAAACAUGCUGGACCCAUGCUUCUACAAUCCCUGCGUAAAUGGAAAAUGUUUCUCCCAUCUUUCUCUGUUUCUGUGCAUCUGCCCAGCGCAUUACACCGGGAAGUACUGCGAAAUAAGUAAGCGGCUGAGUUACUGUAAAUCCGUCAAUAUUAACCAGAAUUCAAAUACUCUUUCUGUGUAA